AUGGAGGAGAGGCUUCGCCAAGAACUGAAGGGCUUAUAUGACGAGAGCCGUCAAACAGGGCCGCCGUCGUGGCGGGAAUUAGAGAAACUGCCGUACUUGAAGGCUUGCUAUCAAGAAGGUCUGCGAAUGGCAAUGGGACUAUUACAUCGACAAGUGCGGAUAUCACCAAACGUCGACUUGGAAUGUAACGGCUGGACAAUCCCCAAGGGAACACCAGUCUCGAUGACCAACCACUGGAUACAUAUGGAUCCGAGUGUCUUUCCAGACCCAACCUCAUACAAUCCUUGCCGUUGGCUUAGAAGCUCGGAGAGAAUGAAGCUGCAGCAAGACUACUUUGUUCCGUUCUCCAAAGGGUCUCGCGCUUGUGUAGCGAAAAAUCUCGUGGACAUGGUUGUCUACCACACUCUCGGAGAACUGUAUGGUCCACACGCACCGAGGAUAUCACUCUACGAGACAGAUGAGACUGCAAUUCGUCCGGUCCAUGGUUUUCUGUUUCCGUUUCCAAGAUUGGAUUCUCCGGGUGUUGACGGAACACGGUUUCUGUUCCAGGAACUCAUGGUGGGCGUUCACCUAGGCAAGCUUAUAAGCUCAACGUCCUUAUCGCUAUUACCUCUGCUAUAUUAG